GAGAAGAGGGGGAGAGAGCGCGGAACGCAAGAAGUGACUCAAAGGUGACGUACUGUUGUAUCGUGUGUCUCAGGAUCGAUGUAGUGAUCUGCACCCUGCUGUCUCAGCCGAGUCGGAUACUGCCUUAAUAUGUGACCACCAGGAGUGUCGAACUGCCUCGCCACGUGUCUCAAUACGUGACUCGCCGUGUGUCUCACUGUCUCAGCGUCGGGGUCAUGACUCAGCGUGUGUUUCGUCACGCCACGUGUGUCGGCGGGCACCGUGUGUGUUUGCUACUACACUGUGUAGCGUAGGGCGUACGUGCGUGCGUGCGCGCGUGCGUGCGCGGGAGGGGCAGGAACACCUGAUAGGGUGAGAGUGAGCCUUCUUGUUGUUACUACGUAUUCUACACCGUGUGCGUGCGUGCGCGCAUGUGUGUGAGUGCUAGUGGUGAUGGUGACCGCGCAGGCAUAUGGGCGUGUAUGUGUAAAAGACCACAACACACAAGUCGUGUCCUAGACUGCUCCUAGACGUUGUCACUACACUGCGCGAGUGCCGAGUGAGAUCAGGAUAAUAAUGAAGCGCGCGACAGACUAACACGCGGCUGCCCAAUCAGCCGCUUCGUAGACUGUCCCCACACGUCGUCUUCAUCGCGCGUGAGAUGGGAAACUGUGGCAGUCUCUUAGUUCAUCAUGGAGACGAGGCCUACACGAACGCACAGACAGGGCUCAGCGCUCCGGACCUCGCCGGCUUCGCCUCCCGACACUCCCGCCGGCUCUCGACCGACCUCGAGAACCCUCUCGGCUUCUUCCACAACGGCGUCAUGGACUACCCGCCGUACGAGGAGCCGCCGCCACCCUACACCCCUUACAAGCCCCCGGACGCUCCGCCGCCGCCGUACGCGACCUACGACCCGCACCCCGCUUCCGCCGCCACGCACCACGUGAUCGCGCGCGCCUCCAUGGUGGAGGUCGGCGGGGGCGGGGGAGGCUAUCCCGCAACGGCGCUCAGUCAUAGUCUGAGCAGUUCGGAGUCGCUUUUCAAUUCCUACAGACUGUAUCCACGACGACGACCUAAGCACGAGCGGCAGCGACCUCUGCUUUCCCGAAGAUUUCCUCAACUGUCCGAGCGAAGUGUCGUCCGACGACUCCUGCCACCUGGUGGACAACCCCCGUCGCACAACUCCCGCCCAACAUCCCCGCAGCGCCGGUAGAUGGCGGCGUGGCGGGUCGCGGCGGAGCACGGGUGCCUGACGAACAAUCGCAGUUCGAUGGCGAGCGUCAGGUCGCUGCGAAGCUCGUCCUCGCCCGGCAGCAGCCUGCA